AUGUCAAGAGGCGAAUCUUUGCCAGUAGCAAGAAUGAAACGUGCAGUGUCGGUUGCUGUUGUUGUCUUGUUAGUUUGUUUGUUGUUGAUCAACAGUUAUUGUAGUGCAAGAGUUUCGUCUAUUAUUCGUGGAGUUUCUUCAUCAUCUAAUGGUGGAUCAUCGGUUUGUAGAGCUUUGGCUCUUGGUGGAGGAGGCGAUCGUGGAGCUUAUGAAGCUGGUGUUUUAAAGUAUUUGGAACAAGUUCAAUAUCAAGUCAUUGGAGGAAUCAGUGCAGGAGCCAUUAACUCUGUAGCACUCUCUCAAUACAAGAUUGGAGAUGAAAAAGCUGCAGUUGCAUUCAUCUUGAACAAAUGGUUGAGUUUACAAAAAUCUCAAGUUUACAAAGAUUGGCCAUUGGGUAUUGCUGAGGGAUUUCUUAUUAAGAGUGGAUUGUUUAAUACCUCUCCUUUACAUAAUUUCCUUACUGCCAAUGUAAAUGUCACAAAAAUUAGACAAUCUGGCAGAAGUUUACUUUUGGGAGCUACGAAUCUUGUGACGAAUUCAUACGAAAGAUUUGAUCAAUUUACAGAUGAUUUGAUUGAGGCAACUAGAGCUUCAAGUGCAGUUCCUGGAGUAUUCGAAGCAGUUCCACUCACAAAGAAUGGCAAGGAAUCUCUCUAUGUGGAUGGAGGUGCCAAAUACAUGACACCAGUUUCAGAUACAAUUGCCGAAUGUUUCAGAAAGACUAAUGCCUCUCGUGUUGAAGUUGAUGUCAUCUUGGCCAUUGGUGAUUUACAAUUUGGAAGUCAUGACAUCUUCAAUAAGGUUCAAACUACACCAUUCAUCUUAUUGAGAACUUUAUUUGGAGUUGUGGAUGAUAUCUUUACAAAAGAUAUUGAGAAUGCUCAGAAUGCAUUUGGUAAUCGUGCUACUAUUAGAGUAUUCAAGCCAUCGAAAUGGUUGCCUGGAUACUUUUUAGGUUUUACAGAUGCUGCUGAAAUGAUUCAACAAGGAUAUCAAGAUGCUGCCAAUGUUAUUAAGAAGUAAAACUGUAGAGU